AUGGCAUUCAAGUUCAACCACACCCACAAGACCUUCAUCGCCUUCGUCAUCCACUUUGUCCAGCUCAUCUGCGCUGCCAUCCUGACUGGUGGCAUUGCCGAGCAGGCUCAGUACGGCCCGAGCAACACCUGUCUUCUCUUCAUCUCCAACUACCAGCGCGUUACCAACACCCACUACCUCUUCACUGCCAUUUCUCCCUCUUGCUCGUUCGUUGUUGCCAUCGGCGCCAUCGGCAUCAUCCUCUCGCUUGUGCUUGGCGCUGGCUCUCUGUUCUUCCUCUUCCGCAACGAGUCCCGAGCCGGCCGUGUCAUCUUGGUCUUCUUUGUCAUCUCGACCAUCUACUCGAUCCUCCUGCUCGUCGCUUCCUCGGUCGCCAGCGCCGGUAUUCGCACCACCUGUGGCUUCCUCGAGCAGUCCGGCACCUCGUGCGACGCCAUCUUUGCUGGCGGCUUCUUCGAGGACACCGAUCAGACCUACAUCAAGAACCUGACCACCGUCUACGCCGCCAUCGGUGCCGGCUGGUUCGGUCUGAUUGUCUGGAUUGCCUACACCGUCAUUGAGUUCCGCAACUGGAAGGCCUCCCGCAACACCUUCAACAGCAGCGGUCGUUUCUAA